ACUCCACUAAUUUAACAUCAGCUCAAGGGAUCAUACAAAGCCACUGAUGGAAAAGAGGUGCAAGUAUCAAGUGAGGUGGUUCUAUUCAAAAGGAGCAUUUCUUGUUCUACUGUGGAAUUUACUUUUCAAUGCGGCUGUGUGGUCUUAUGUGACGAUGUUGGGAGAAAGAAUCUUAUCAGAAGGCAUACAUUUAGAGAGGAAUACUUUUUUUCGAGUGUUCUUUGUACUACCAUUUCUAGUUUAUGUUACCAUCCCACUUGUAGGAUGGUUAGCAGAUGCUAAGCUUGGAAACUACAGAGUCUUGAAAUUUAGCUGCUUCUUUUUAGUAGUCGCAUCGAUAACCAUUUGCAUCAAUAUUCUCUGUGAUACUAAGAUGAACUUCAGUGCAUUACAGUACACACGUAAAGUCAUAGUAGUGCUAGCAUAUGCAGUGAGUGUAGCAAGUACAGCAGUUUGUAUAAUAACAGCCUUGCAGCUUGGUCUAGAUCAAAUGCCAGAUGCUUCUUCCACCAACAUUUCAAGUUUCAUCAGUUGGUUUAUGUUUUCACUCAUUUUUGGAGGUUGGAUUGCUGACUGGCUAUCAAAUACUCUCCUUCAUUGCAUAAACUCUUCGACAAUCAAUGAUAUACAGAAAGUGCAACUGUUUAGCUUAUUUCCAGUAUUGUGUUUGGUAAUUAUUUGUUCUACGAUGUUUUUGUUAGCUCCAAAAUGGCUAAUUAUAGAACCAAAGUCGCCUAAAGCCAUCAAAACCAUCUAUCAAGUUCUCAAGUUUGCAGCCAAGCACAAGGCUCCUAUUUAUCGCAGUGCUCUCACAUACUGGGAGGAAGACGUACCCUCUAGACUAGACCUGGGGAAGACAAAAUAUGGUGGUCUAUUCACUACAGAGCAAGUUGAAGAUGUGAAAACUUUUGUACAAAUAAUUGUGAUGUCUUUCCCAAUAUUCCUCACCUUAACUGCGUGUUGGAAUAUUUUACUCACACUAGGCUUUACAGCGGAUAGCCAUGUAGGAGUGUUAAACGAGGAAAUGCUGUGGCAUCUUACUGUCUCCAACACUACUGACAAUUGUACAUCGAGCAUCAUAUACACUUUUAGUUUCAGCCAUUGGUGGAGUGGUAUUGUUACAACAGUUGUCUACGAAUUUGCAUUGUAUCCAUUCAUAAGAAACAUAGUACCCAGCUCUAUGCGACGAAUUGGAGACGCAACUUCUGGCUGGCUACAUGAUGUUUCUAUUGUUUCUCUCACUAUCUCUGAACUACUUUGUUGAAAUGCUACCAAAUGAAAUAUAUUUGCCAAUAUACACUCUCCCUUCAAUAUAUACUGCACUGAGUGUGAUUGGAUUGGUCCUGUACUGCCUCCUGGCUCGCUGGUACAAGAGGAGAGUUAGAGACGAGGACUACAAUGCACACAGAGUGGUGGAGGAGGUCUAUGAUCGAUACCUCUCUCAUGUACAGUAGUAUGUAUAUAUGCAUGUGUACCUUUAGAUGAGAGUCAACUGAUUACGUCCAUAA